GCUUCAAUUCUCUGUUUCUCUAACCCGCCCAGAAAACCCUCUCUCUGUUUUUCUCUGCUUCAAUUCUCUGUUUCUCUAACCCGGAAUCCCCAAAUUCCAACCCAGAAAACCCUCUCUCUGUUUUUCUCUGCUUCAAUUCUCUGUUUCUCUAACCCGGAAUCCCCAAAUUACAACCCAGAAAACCCUCUCUCUGUUUUUCUCUGCUUCAAUUCUCUGUUUCUCUAACCCAGAAUCCCCAAAUUCCAACCCAGAAAACCCUCUCUCUGUUUUUCUCUGCUUCAAUUCUCUGUUUCUCUAACCCGGAAUCCCCAAAUUCCAACCCAGAAAACCCUAAUUCAAACCCAGAAAGGAAUUUAGGGUUAUGGAUCGUUGUUUUCCUGUGGGUUUCAGAUUCCACCCGACUGAUGAAGAACUGAUUGGGCACUACCUCCACCUCAAGAACAAUCCUAACUCGGCGACACCGUCCUUGGUACUUCCUGAGUUUGAUUUGUACGGUGAGGCCGAACCCUGGAUCAUUUGGGAUGCCUAUGGAGGACCCAAUCUCAAACAACAAGAUCUCUUCUUUUUUACUCUCCUUAAGAAGAAGGCCAAUCCCCGCGGCGGCCAUGCUAGUACCCGGCAUAGUCGAAGGGUUGGAUCAUCGGGCACAUGGAGCCAAGGUGAACCGUCCAGACCCAUUUUUGGCGAGAAGAACCAGGAAACCCCAAUUGGGCGAAAGACGAAAUUGAGGUACGAGAACAAACUGGUGCCGGAACAACACGGUUGUUGGAUUAUGGAGGAGUAUACCAGUGUUGAUGAUCAAUCCAGUUGUCCUGCCGCUCAUGAUCAUUAUGUGAUUUGCCGACUGCGAGAGAACAAGACUGGACAAAGAAGGAAGUCUCAGGAUGAUGAUGAUCACCAUCCAAAGCCUAGGAAAAAGCCCAAGUCUUUGACAGUUGCUGAUCCACAACCUGCUUUUACAACCAAUGAGGCUAGAAAGACAGUGUCUUUGAACCAGAGUCCUAAUCCUGAGCAGCAAUUUGAAAAUGAGUUGAUUAUUAGUGAGGGUGAGGCACAAAGCAGUAUUAGUAAUUGUAUUGGUAUGCCCGAGGAUAUUGAUUGGCUUGAUCUUGCAUUGGAGGAUAUUGAUUGGCUUGAUCUUGCAUUGGAGGAAGUAGAAGGGGAUAGACUAUCCCCUGCACUCGCAGAACAACAAUCAUUGACCUUUCAACUUUGUUAAGUUGGUUACUUAAGUCCUAUUUUUGUGAGGCAUCACUACCACUUCUUUGGAGUUUAGUUACUUGUUUUAGCUAUUUUCUUUUUUAUUCCUGUAGAUGUACUGAUAUCAAAAUCAAUUCAUUGCUAAUACACUACAAUACUUUUUGUUCA